AUGGUUGCCACACAGGCUCUCAGAUCUGUUUCACCUGUACGCGUCGUUUCAUAUGCGAAAACUGAAUCAUUGUUAGCCCCUGUAAUUUCAAAAUCGAAGGCCAUUGAUGAUUCUCUCGAAAACUUCAUACUGCCAUGUGAGAAGAAGUGCAGAUUCCCUGCAGCACGUUCGAAAUGUAAAGCAGAUGAAGAAAUCCCACAUGGCUCCCUCCCUCCCAGUCCCAAGAAGCAUUCCCUCUCCUGUUCAUAUGCGAUUGCUGACCUUACAACUGCGGAUCUGCCGCAUAAAAUUCCUCAAGGGCAUUCGAAACGCAAAGAAUAUGGAGACACGCCAGAUGGUUCCUUCCCUCCCAGUUACAAGAGGCGUACCCUCUCCCGUUCAUAUGCGAUUGCUGACCUUACAACUGCGGAUCUGCCGCAUAAAAUUCCUCAAGAGCAUUCAAAACGCAAAGCAUAUGGAGACAUGCUAGAUGGUUCCUUCCCUCCCAGUUUCAAAAGGCAUACCCUCUCCCGUUCAUAUGUGAUUGCCGAUCUCACUGCUCACUCAGCAACUGAAGAGCGCAGCGUAGAUCCCGUCCUUUUUUUGCACUCCUUGAAAGGUGUUCAGAGUAAACCUAUGUCAUCGAUUAUGUGCUUCGACGCCCCCCCAGGAGUAGAUCUGGCAUCUUUAUUCCAGCUCAUCAAGGAUUUAGAUUGCUCCAGUUUCAACCCAAGCGCAGUAUCUAGUCUUCGGCGAUUGUCGGUGGACUUGCCCAUGUUUUUCUCCCCAUGCGUCGCCUCACUCACCCUCGCAACCUUGCAGGACUCCCCAUUAACCGACCUCUCACUCACUUACACUGGAUUGAGCAGCAUUCAGUGGGCUGCAUUGCUGCGGAACGUCCACCUCCCGCUGCUUCAAAUGUUGACAGUUGACAUUGAGUGCCCCCCCAACGUUCUCGCUGAAUUUUUGAUCCGCCAUCAGAAUGUUGGCCAAUUGUGGAUUCAUCUGGGGUCGACUCUUUCGCCGAAACUACCAAAUCAUGCCUUACAGAAGGUAUCAAGACAGACAUUGCAGCACAUCCCCAAUUCCCAUCUACUACACCUGAAUGUUCUUGGCGGCCCGCCUUGCUAUCUUGUUUCCCUGCUAGCCAUAAUUCAUUCAGCCCCUUGUAUUCGAAACCUCAGCCUUCAGUUUGGGGAAAAUUUGACUUCUAACCACUUGUCGGCCGUUCUAGACGUUACUCAACAUUUCACGAGUAUCCAGGCACUGCAGUUGAGCUUUUUCGACGCUUCCCAUACUGCCAGCCACUUUAAUGUCCCGUACGAUGGCCGCACUGUACCUUCGAAACACCUAACAAUUUCUGUGUGUGGCCCUUAUCCAGACGCUCUCCUCUUCCGCUGCCAUCCUUGGCUCGACGCCUUCCAUGAGCUGGAAAGCGUUGAACUUCAGGCCAAAUGCACGAGUUCAUUCGAGAAGCUUGCAGAGCUCUUUUCUCGUACGGACAAUCCUUUUCAGCUGAAAAUUAGCAGUGACUGGUAA